AUGGGAUCCGAUCCCGCGGGAUCGGGAUCGGGAUCGAGAUCGGGAUCGAUCGAUCCCGAGAAAGAAAACGACUUUUACAUGCUGAAUCUCAUUGACACUCCAGGCCACGCGGACUUCGCGUUUGAAGUUCGCCGGAGUUUGGGCGCGAGCGAAGGCUGUUUGCUGCUGCUGGACAUUUCCCAAAAGCUGCUGCCACUUCAAACUUUGCUGCUCUUCCAAAAAGCAAAGUCUUUCAAACUUCCCCUCAUUCCCGUCAUCUCCAAGGUGGACCUUGCGGAGUCUCCGCAGCAGCUAAAAGAAUUCAAAGAAAGUUUGGGGGCCCUCGUGGGGGCCCCCCCGGACUCUAUUCUUGAAGUUUCUGCAAAAACGGGAAAAGGCAUUGACGAGUUGCUGGAAGCUAUAGUAAGAGUUUUGCCUCCGCCUCCAGCAGCAGCAGCAGCAGAAGCAGCAGCAGCAGCAGCAGCAGCAGCAGCAGCAGCAGAUAAAACAAAGAGGGGCCCCUCCAAGGGGCCCCCGGAGGCCCCCCUGAGGGCGCUGGUCUUUGACAGCUUUUAUGACCCUUUAAAAGGGGUAGUGCUCGUGGCGGCUAUUAAGGAGGGCCGCAUAAAGACUGGAGACAGUGUGACGGCCAUUCGAUCUGGGCGGCAGCUGCAAAUAAAAGAAGUUGGAUUUUUAAUGCCGGAAAGAUUUAAAACUGAUCGACUUGGAACUGGACAAGUGGGCUACAUAUGCAGCAACUUGAAAGCAGCAACAGAUCUGCAAAUUGGAGACACUCUUUGUCUCUCCCAAAACCCCACGGAGGCCCUACCAGGCUUUGAGCCCCCCAAACGCCUCGUCUACGCAGACCUGUACCCCGAAGACCCGCGGGGCUACGAGAAGCUGCAGGUGGCGCUGCAGCGGCUGCUGCUGACAGAUGCAGCAGCAGCAGCAGAACCCACAGUGUCUCAGGCUUUGGGCUGCGGCUUCCGCUGCGGCUUUUUGGGGUCUCUCCACAUGGAGGUUUUCAAACAAAGGCUGGAGGCGGAGAGCGGGCAGCAGACGCUGCUGGCAGCAGCAAGAGUUUCUUACCUUUUGCAAACUGCUGCUGGCCUCCAGCCCAUUUGCUGCGCCUCCCAGCUUCCCCCCAACCGCAAAGUUCUCCUCGAGCCUAUUGUGAGCUGGCUAGCUAAAGAAGUGGCUAGCUAG